GGUGAAGCAACGAGAUACAUUCUAAUAUAGGUAGGACGAUUGUUUAGAUUUGUCAGCCUUUCGCAUAUUGUCCAAUUCUAUCCAGGGGGGUCGAAGAAUAGUCGAUGUAUAUUGGCUCAACAAGCUGAAGGCUCUCAGGAUAUGUUGGUGUGGUAGUACUGUGUAGUCAGUCGCUCACUCUACAUAUCGGUAUUGCGAAGCUGAUGUCAUGAUUCAAGCGUUGGCUCUGAAAUAUGACAUAGACUACGUUGUGGGCUCCGUCACGAUAUAUUGCCGUCUUUACUGAGUAUUACAUCUCCACUAUCCCAGCUGCCAGCUACGAUUCCACCUCACUUCUCAUGAUAUAGUUCAUUUGAAAGUGAGUCCUAAACAUGUCAUCUAGUCCCACCUCCGCAAUUCCCAUUAUCGACUUUGCUCCCUUCCUACAUCCCACCUCUCCAACAUCCCGUCUCGAAACUGCGAAAGCCCUCGUCAAUGCUUGCCGUCAUUUCGGUUUUGUAUACAUCAUAAACCAUGAUGUCCCUUCCUCGUUACUUGAAGAAGCUUUUGGAAUCACGAAACAGCUUUUCGAUCUUUCACACGAGGCAAAAAUGCAAGCGCCACAUCCACCUGGUAUGAGUGUUCACAGAGGAUACUCGUAUCCGGGCUUGGAGAAGGUAUAUCAGGUUAUUGGUGACAAUACUGAGUUGGGGGAGAAGAUGAGGGGUGUGAAGAACUGUAAAGAAAGUUACGAAAUCGGCUCCGAGGAAAAUCCCUCCCAGCCAAAUAUCUGGCUCCCGGAAUCUACACUCCCGAAUUUCCACUCCUUCAUGCAAUCCUUCUACCACCGUCUAUCGACGACCGCUCAAAUGAUUCUCCUAGCCCUGGGUACAGGACUAGAGCUUCACAGCCCCUCCUUACUUGCGGACUUCCAUUCCGGACAUACCAAUCAACUACGACUCCUCCACUAUCCUCCCAUCCCCGCUUCUGAAAUCGAAACCGGACUUGCGGUGAGACUACCAGCCCACACCGAUUUUGGAACUAUUACUCUAGUAUUUCAAGAUGAGUGUGGAGGAUUGGAAAUCGAGCAUCCGAAGAAACCCGGUGAAUUUAUCAGGGCGGACCCAGUUAAGGAUGCUAUUGUGAUGAAUAUAGGUGAUCUGCUUAUGAGGUGGACUAAUGAUGAUCUCAAAUCCUCACUCCAUCGCGUACAACUCCCUCCAUCAACCUCUCGCUACACAAUCACCGAGGAAGGAGAAAGAAUGACACAAGCGCGUUAUUCGAUCCCAUAUUUCUGCGGACCGGAUACAGAUAAAUCGAUAGAAGUUCUCGAGGUAUGUGUAAAGGAGGGAGAGAAGAAGAAGUACGAACCAAUUGUGGUAGGAGAAUAUUUCAAAAUGAGAAGCGCAUUCGCGUAUCAGAGUUAGGUUGAGGUAUGAGAAUUUUGAGUGGGAGAUCAGGAAAUAAGGGUAAGAGGAUGGACGAAUUCUGAUUUUCUACAGUUGUCAAAGGUUGAUCGAUUGGUGUUGUUUGACAAACCGUGAGACAGACAUGAUGGCAUUGCUUGUUUUGCUUGCCACUGCCAGUUAACCUUAAAAUCAAAGCUAUAAAAAGUCGAGCGAUAGAUGCUUGUAGUUCUAGCACAUUCCUUCUCGUCUGAAUAAAUCCCAAAAUUUAGUCAUGCUUAGACUGAAUGUGUUUGUUUUCAUAUCA